UUUCUGGAGAGUUUAGGCAACUGUGACUAGUAUUCUACUACUUAUCACACAAUAGUUACCCUUCGGGAGCAAUUUUUUGAAUUAUUUCAAGGUUAAGAUUACAUUGUACGAUUGUCUGAGAAACAUAUUAAGGUGUUUCAGAUAUGAUGUACAGAAAAAUUCGAAAUGAAUGGCCUUUAAAUUUGUGAAAUGAAAGGCUAGCUGAUGCUGGCUGUCGUCAGCUACAUAAGGUAUGAAGUUUCAAGAUGAAACCUCCAAAGGAUAUAGAUGCAGCCAUGAAAAAUGGAAAGUUUCUUGUUUGAAAAUGGAUGCAAUGCUGGAACUAAAUAUAUAUGGGUUGUUUGAGAAUUCUAGAUUAAUCUUUUGUACAUUUUAAGAAACUAACCUGUUAGUUCAGGUACAAUAGUACUAAGAAAUUAUUUUGUGAAUGGCAAGUUUUGAUGUAAUUGCAUCUUGUACAAAAUUAUUCUUCAUUAGAGUAAGCAAAUAGUAUUUGGGAAAUUUUUAAUGUUUUGACGUAUGAUUGAUAUUUUUGGAUUACUGUAUAGGGAUUGUUCUUUUACUAUCAUUUUGUAUUGAGGUAAAUUGCUUUGCUAUUUACUUUUUGUAAUUUUGAACUGUGAAUGCACUGUUUGGAUUAAUAGUUAAUGUUGUAUGAGUAUUAUUGCUAGUCCUCAGAAUGAUAUUAAAUACAAAAUUCAAAUAGGAUAUUAUUAGGAUUAUUUGAAAAUAUCUUUUCAAUUAUUAGUGUGGUAACUUUACUUGAAAAUUCAUUAAAAUUUAUGCAACUCUGUGGCAGCUGAUCAGUCAUAUUAUAUGGUGAUAUAUUUUUGUAGAACUUGCUUUAGUUUUUAUCUAUAUAUUAGCAAUUGACAUGAAAAAUGGAGGUUAUAGAAAGCGAUGGAGAAAAAGUUUAUGUUUGUGGCAUGUGUGGUAAGUCAUUUAGAAGGUGUGACAACCUGAAAAAGCAUAUGGCUAUUCACAACGGCACAAGACCAUAUAAGUGCAGCUUGUGUGAGAAAUCAUUUCGUGCACGUGGCCAUCUCAAUGCCCAUGUUCUUAUCCAUACUGGUGAGAAGCCAUUUAAAUGUACUGUUUGUGAGAGAGAGUUCAAUCAAAAUAGUAACCUCAAAAAGCACAUUAAGCGUCAUACUGGUUAUCGGCCAUAUGUUUGUGAGAUUUGCCAGCAGUCAUUCACGCAGCUUUGUUACCUUAAGGAACACUUGAAGUGUCACACUGGUGAGCGGGAAUUUGGUUGUCAUCUGUGUCCCAAAAGGUUCAAAAACAACAACCUUUUGAAAUCUCACAUGGUAACUCAUAGCCAUGAAAAGCCUUUUAAAUGCACUAUUUGUGAUAAAGUUUUCAAGUACUCUAAAAAUUAUGUUUUGCAUAAAAUUGCUCAUGAUAAUGAGGUAGUUUGUUACUGCUCUGAGUGUGGCAAAGAAUUUAGGAAUCAGAAUAGACUAAAGAGACAUAUGUUGUUUCAUCAAGGCAUCCAACUGUUUGAGUGCUUUAUAUGUGGCAAGGAGUUUCGGAAGGCAGAUAACUUGAAGAAACACUUAAUCAUCCACUCAGGAGAGAAACCCUUUCACUGUGAUGAUUGUGGCAAAGACUUUCGUUCUCAAUCUAAUCUCAAGUCACACAUGAUCUUACAUUCACUUAAUUAUCCCUAUUCUUGUGAUAUUUGUGGUAAGAAGUUCAAAUAUAAAUGUAAUUACACCCGGCACAUGAAUUGCCAUACAGGGCAGACAGUUUAUACAUGCACUUUAUGCAAUGCAGUGUUUAACUCAAAGAGCGCUCUUGAUUCCCAUCAGUUUGUCCAUGUCAACCAAGAGGAGAAUCCUUAUGCUCAAGAGUCCAUUGAAGGUAUCACUGCACAUGAGUUGAUGGGAGAUGAGGACCUUCAAGACAUUAUUCACAACAUUGAAGCUGUGGAUUUGGAAGGUCAAAUGCCCUCACCAUCCAAUGAAUCGUCUAUAACUGUACCAUUAACAUUCAGUGAAAGAGCACGGAUGGAAUUAGAAGGCAAGAAACCUUUUGAAUGCCAGGUGUGUGGAAAAGAGUAUACAACAAGCACUAACUUGAAAAUUCAUAUGAGAAAUCACACAGGGGAGCGUCCUUUUAAGUGUACAUUAUGCAUUAAAGACUUCACUCAAAAUAGCCUUCUCAAAGUUCAUAUGCGGAGCCACACACGUCAAAGGCCAUACAGUUGUAAUGUGUGUAACAAAAGCUUCAAACAUAGCAGUCAUUUGCACACUCACUUCAGGGCCCAUGUUGAGCACGGUGGUGAAAGUCAAUCAGAAGACGCAGAGGCCAGUGUUGGGGAUCAUUUAGUUGAACCUGUGAACACAUGUAAUGUUUGUGGAAAGAUUUUUGUAAGAAAAUAUAUGUUGAAAAGACAUAUGCUAGUACAUUCUGACAAACGGGCCUUUAGUUGUAAUCACUGUGAUAAAAAGUUCAAAGAGAAUAGCCACUUAAAAGCACAUACAAUGCUUCACACAGGUGAGCGACCAUUUGAUUGCAAUAUAUGUGGCAAAAAAUUCAUCCAAAAAAGUGACCAGAAAAGACACAUGAGAACCCAUUCAAAGUCACCCUCCAAAGGUAGACCAUUUACUUGUGCAGUUUGUGGCUUAAAAUUUUCAUAUAUGCAUAAUUUAGAAACACACAAGAUAAUACAUGCUAUGAGAAAAAAUAAGCAUUCUGGAGAGGAGGUGAGUGUUGACGCAACUCAGAGUUUGCAUGAUGGUGAAUCUGAGGGCAUUACUACUGUUAUUGACAGUAGCACUGAAGAAGAACAGACCCAUCAUCUUACCAUCUGUGAAAAGGAGGAAACAAACAGUGUGUUUCAGGGACAACUGAAAAUGGAGGAACAGGAAAAAGUGACAGGCGAACUAUUAUUGAGGACUAAUACAGGUGUUUAUCCUCGGGAAGUUGUGCCUCAUGAAAGUGUUGGAAAUAUGUUUAUUCAGGAUACAGAACCAGUUUUGAAGGAGAAUGUUAUACGAGUGUAUAGUAACCAAACAAAUAGUCUUCAGAAUGAACCUAGUCAUGCUUACCCCAAGAAAAGUGAUUUAGAUGAAAAUGAUGAGCCUACAAAUAUUAACAGUUAUGAAGGUGCAUUAUGUAGAAUACAGAUUGAUACACAGGUAGCAGGGAAAGUGAAUGGUGAUUCUGUCCAGUAUGACUCCAAGGAUAUCCAUGAACAACAGGAGCAGAAUGCCAUCUCACCCAAAACAAUAAAAUGCAGUAGUUAUUCAGAAACAAAUUAUAUCUCAAAAGGGCCAGCUAUAUAUGAAUGUCUCGUAUGUGGAAGAAUAUACAGGAGUUUUUAUACUCUAAGGAGACAUAUGAUUCUGCACAGUGGAUUACACAAUAUGAUGAAAACCAAAGUUGGAAAGUGCCCAACUUGUGGAAAAAAAUUUUCCCGCAUAAGUAAUUUGAAAAGGCACAUGACAGUUCACACUGGAGAACGACCCUUUACGUGUAAUCUUUGUAGCAAGAAGUUCAAAGAGAAAGGUCAUCUCAAAACACAUAUUUUGCUAGUUCACAGUAAUGAGCGACCUUAUCAGUGCAACAUUUGUGGCAAAAGGUUAGCACUGAGGAGUGAUCACAAGCGACAUGUACGGUCACACAAAGGUGACAAACCUUUCUGUUGCAUUCUGUGUGGAUCAAAAUUCACUACAAAGAGAAAUUUAGAAUCGCACAAAAUCAUCCAUGCAAUGAAGAAGAAUAGGUAUAAUGAUGGAAUAAAAAACGAAAUUGUUUCACACACUAUUACUGAUAGUAGUCAAGAAUUCUCUGUCAAAUAUGAAUCUGGAGUGACUGAUUUUGAAGAAUCAGAGAAAGUUGUUCUAAUUCAUAAUGAAGUCAUUGAUGAUGAUAAAGUUAGAAUCCAAACAUACACAGGUACAUUCAGUAAACCAGUGGACAGGUGUAAAGAAAGUAGAUCAGAGGGAAUAUCGGAAAUUGAGGACCACGUCAAGCCAAUAUUAAGAUUUUAUUCUGGGAACCAAUCAAGACAUGUAGAGCAAAUUGACCAGGAGAGAAUAUCAAAUACAGGUUAUGGAAGAACUAACAUGCAAGACCGUGGUGAACCAGUUAUGCAUUAUCCGGUUGAAGAUGAAUUUCCUCUUAAAGGAAUUGAGCCUAUAACUGAGGUUCAAAUUGGAAAGAUAACAGUUCAGGCAAUUCCUUAUGAACUAGCAAAAGAGAGAAAUAGGGUAAAUCAGAGUGGAAGAAAUUUCAAGUGUUCAGUUUGCUGUAAGUUGUUUUUAACAAAUCACAACCUUAAGAUACAUAUGCGGAUUCAUACUGGUGAACGUCCAUUCAAGUGUACCAUAUGCAGUAAAGACUUCAAUCAGAAAAGUAAUCUGAAAAUUCAUAUGAAUACUCAUAAAGCAAAAAAGUAGACAAGUUUCCACUGCUGAACCGGAUUCCUCAGACCAUAAGAUGUCAUUCUAAAGAGAAUCAGGUUUAGUUCUGAUGCCUCAUAAAACAUGCCAUUGCAGUAAUUAAAUGCUAUCAUUAUAACUUUAAUGCUAAUGCUGUCUCAUUGUGAAUUAUGUUUUUUGUCAAAGAUAAUGUUUCACUAGUAUUCAUUAGCAGUGUUUUAUUAUUCAAAGAAUCUUAAUGUUUACUGUAAGUUGAAAAUAGCACAAUUAUUGACACUGCAUUUUAAAAUAGUAAGAUACUGUUGAACUAAUUUACAUAAAUAAGGAAGUUUUAUCAUUACUGUACUAGGGGAGUGUCAUCAUUAAAUUUUUUAACCAAAUUAUUAGCACACUUACCUGAUAUUGACAGUGGUUGUUAGACCAUUCAAGUUAACUAAUGACACCAUCACUCACAGUUAUUUUUGAUAGCAUGAAUAGGCUUCCUAGCUCGUGUCCUUUGUUUACUGAGGAAGUCUCUCCUUUGCACAAAUUGAUCUUCAUAGUUUUGGUGCUACAUACUUUGAUUAUCACUCAAUAUGUAUAUCUUCAUAGUCAAUGCUAAUUAUUAAUAAAAUUCCCAUGUAUUCCUUACCAACCCUUGUGGCAAGUAUUUUCAUCCUAAAAAUAUACUUUGGUGUCGGUGAAUUUUCAUGUUUCUACCAGGGCUAAUCAGUGGCCAAGGUAUAUUCAGUUCCCUAGAAGUAUAUUUUUUUGUCUUAUAUGAAUAAAUGCUUGUUCAUUGCUUUUAGCAUUGAGCUAGAUAGCAAGUUUCAUUAAAACCAUUUUGAUCUGGUAAAUAGCAACUCCCAACUUGAAGUGUUUUUGGUUGAGAAAAGUGCUAUUUGGUUUUCUUUGAGUAAGCAUUUCUCCAUCAUUAGUUAUUACUAUUUUGUUGUGAAUACAUAUGAAUGUAUAGCAAUAGAUUUAUAAUUGCACUUGAUUUGGUUUCUAUGUCUAAGUUGGUACUGCUGUACAGUAGUAUUAUAUUUUACACAUCUGGCAAUUGUAAUGUAUAAAUCAUAAAGUAUUAUGUAUACCAUCAUGCCACAACAUAGAUGCUUGAGCUCAAGAGUUUUGUAUCUAAGUAUUCAGAAAGAUUCAAACCUCGUUUGUUACUUAUGUAGGGGUAAAGUGUAUUCACUGGAACUUGCAUGUUGUGUACGUAUUCUUCAACUGCUCUAAAGGGCAGUGGCUGUAGACACUUCAACCAUUUGACCUCUUUGAGGGACAGGAUGCUCAUGAGCAUUCGAAAUUUCAGGUAAUUCUUCAGUCACUACCUCGUCAGGCUUUCAGGUAUUUCAAUUCUGAAAGCAUUCUAUGUUUGUAUUCUAAACUAUUCCUAUUUUAUAUCUUUUCAGAUACAUGUGCUUCAUUAAUUGUAUUUGAAACAUGUAUCUGUGGUUCUUUAAAUACUGUAUUGGCAGUAAGAAUGUGGUUAUUCCUUGGUAUAUGAAAAUUAAAGGUCAGUAUAUUUUUUUGUUGUACUGUAAUUAGGUUUUGGAAAGAUUUUUGUGCCAAUAAUUUUUUUUCUUUGAUAUAUAUAACUAUUUACUAGAGAAGGUUUCAAGUUUUGAGCCAGGGUGCUCGUGCACUUCAUAUGUUGGUUUUAGAGCCUGUAAAUCCAUAAGCUCCCACUUAAAAUCACAAGGACUGAAAAUAUCAAGUUUCCAAGAAAAAUUAAAGACUCUUAUUCUUUGGAUGUUAUGCCAUUGUGGAUUUGACAGUUAAUGCGCCGUAUGCUGCAUAAUUCUCAGAAUGUUUGUGCCUUCCUCUCUGCUUAAUCCCUAGCCAGUGUCUCGGUUUUUAAAUGAACCUUUUCCAGGUGUUUUUAUUUUGCGUCUUUUUGUCUUUUCCUUUAUCUGGUAUGUCUUUUCAAGUGCAUCCCAUCCUCUCCUUCUUUGUUAAAAUACCAAGUUUCAGUUUUACAAUAUUUUACUAUUGCUCUGUACUAAGAUAUCUUUACCAUGUCUUGACAUUAUUUUUGCUGUCUUAUUCCACCAUUCAGUGAUGAUAUUUAUCUCUUGAGCAGUCUCUUCCAGUACCCUUUUGGUAUCAGAAUGUCUUCGCACUAUGUACAGUAUAUGGCAUAUGAAUUUGCUGGUUGCACAGAGUGCCUUUAGUGGAGUGAGAUAAGAGAAAAAAGAAGCAAACUUUAAAGUAAUAUGAAAGGGAUAUAUUAUUUUGAACACGGAGUUUACAGGAAAAAACUGCAUAAGUAGUGUUUUGUACCAUGUUUUUUAACACCAUAUGGUUUAUGUAGCAAGUCUCAAACAGUGAUUUUGGUUAUUUUUCUAUCUUGUACGAAAUGCAGUCUUAUCACACAGCAUUCCAUAGUCAUGCACAAAUUUAAUUACCUUUUCAGUGACAUAGAGGACUAAGCUUUGCCCAACCUGUCUGCCCCAUACAUUCUCUAUAAAUUACACUUUAUAUCAUUCAAAUAAUGGUACAGGUACAGGUAUUUGUUAUUAGAUUAUUGUUAUUCACUCAAGCAUAUUUUAUACCUGAGUUAGUUAUUAUGUAAAGCAGGCUGUUGUGCUGUAUUUUGAAAAUUUAGUACCUUAAAAUAAGAAUUCCCUGUAAAUAAUGUGUUCAGCUUUCAUGAGGUUAAAGUAUGCUCACUUAUAAAUGAAAGUGCAUUUAGUGUGACUGAUGCUGGGAAAUUGUUAUGAUUGUAAUUAGUGUAGUAUAUUUAUUGUGCAGUUUGAAGCACUUCCAGUGAAUAAUUGUAAAAUAGUAGUUUAUUUUUUUUCUUGUACAGUAUGUGUUUUGUUGCCGUUUUGAGGACACAAGUUUUUGAAUUAUGUAAAUAAAAUAAAAAUUUUA